GGAAGUGUGUGCCUCGUUUCGAUGUGUCCGCAGGGCCGACUGAUAAGGCCUGAUGCUCGAUUUCUCCGGACGGCUGUGCAGUGGCCGUCUCGGGAUGCAGUCGCAAUAGUGCUUCCAUCGGUCCGAACUUCCCGCUCUGCGUGGUUUGCGCUUUCAAGUGUCGUCCAAAUCCGGGUCCGGGUUUAGCAAGAGGAUGAUUUCAUUCCCAUUCCUGGCCGCUGCCCGCGAUGCCCGGCAGGCCGAUUCCAAUCUACGGCGACAGCUACGUCGAUCAUCUCACGUUUCGGAAAUGAAAGCAAUUUAUCUGCUGUCGAUUGGAUUGAUUUAUUUCACGUCGGAAGUAGCCAGCAUUCUCGAGGAACCAAACACGACCCUGGUGCCGGUGGAAAAUUACAAAACCAAUCCGUACUGCUUCCGGUUCACGUGGCUGGGGCCCAAGUACAACAAGGACACGCCGUACAAAAACCUCAGCUGCGAGAACGUCCUGAAGAAGGCGAAAGGUAUCCCGUGCUUUCAUCCGUUGGUCAUAACCAACAACACGAACGUUCCGGACACGGAGUAUAUGUGGGAAGAGUACAAGGACAAGCCGUCGCAGAUAGCGUGCCGGUUGGUGCGGGGCGAGAUCUGUGCCCGGUUCUCCUACCGCUACAACGGUGCAAUCGAGAACAUAACCUAUAUGUGCGCGAAGCUAAACGUCGAUAACGAAUCGUCCACCUCGAGCAGCUGCUACAAGGAAGAUCGGCAGGGCCGCGAGAUCGAGGUGUGCGUGUGUGAGUCAGCCGCAGGGCGAACACCCUGUAACCGGAGUUCCGCGUUGCUGGCCGACGGUUCACCCCUGGUGCCGGUGAUGAUGCUGGUGCUGGCCAUGAUUCAGUUGGCACUAAUCAAGUGUAAGGUAGGUAGGUAGUGUAAGGUACUGACGACGGCCAAACGAAACUAAAAGGAGACUGUCGGAGGUAAGCAACUGUUAUGCUGUUGCUCUGUGAUUCACAGAAUGAAACCUAUCGUCAUGGUUUGAAGCAUGAGGUCGAGAAGCAUAAAAAGUAGGACGAUGCAUACCCAUCGUGGGUCUGAGAUCCACUAGUUUUGGAAGCAUGUGGUGGAGUUGAUAAGUUAGUGUAUUAGAGGUUCAUUACGGGCAUCUUCGAUUAAGCACAAAAGAUAGGCUGUCUAGGAUAUAAGGGCACACUGAAACGAAUUUUGUAAUUGAAAUCGCAAUUAAUAAAAAUUGUUUUACGAGGCCGAGAGCACGGA